AUGUGCCAUACUGUUACAGUUAAGGCCAUCACGGUCCUCCGCCGUGGUGCAAUUAUUCCGCAACUUCAGGUACUUUACCCUUUCGCGCUGGAUCAGGGUCACCCGACUGUUGAUCAUUGCAUCCCCACACUUGCCGGGUCGGGCACCGUCAUGUUUAAGGAUGAGGUCCGAUAUCAAGCAGGCAGUGAUUAUGAGCGAAUCAUACACACAUGUCGCAUCCUUGCUCUCGCCAAAUCGGCUCAGAGCCGUUCCCAGACCACCGUUAUCGGUAUCCGAGUCCAUGUGAUUGCAUGGAAAGUCAAACUCGGUCCCCGAUGUAAGCGUGAUACGGGUCACGAUACUCUAGGAGUUGUCUGGGAUAUUCUCCCCGGGUGA